AUGACUACUCAACUCCCCUUCAAGAUCACAAAUAGCAACGCAGCUCCACCAUCCCUCACAUCCACAUCGUUCCAACUCACCGCCAACCCGUCAACAGACAUUUGGCGCACGCCUGUGCCCGUUGAAGCCAACCGUUUCAACGCUCCUAUCCUGUAUAAAUUGAUCCCCCUGUCAUCAUUCCGCCGCGCCCGAGUCACCGUCUCUGCAAGCUGGACCACCGAAUACGAUCAAGGUGGCCUGGUCUUUGUUUUCCCGCACACGAAAAGAUGGAUCAAAAGCGGUAUCGAGUUCUUCCAAGAUCAACUUUUCGUCAGUACGGUUGUGACGGAUCGAGGGGCAGAUAUGAGUUUGGUGCAAACAGGAUUGAGAGGGAAUAAGGUCACACUAGAAGCUAGAAGCGAGAACGGGGCUUUGUGGAUCUAUGUAGUUGAUGCGGAGAAGACAGUGCCUAUUAGAGAGAUUUCAUGGGCGCUUUGUGGUGGAGAGGAGGAAGAAGUGUGGGUUGGAGUUUCUGCAGCGAGACCCGACGCGUGUGAAGGGAGAGAGGAGGCACUUGUUGUGGAUUUUGAGGGCUUUGAGCUGGAAGUUGUGUAA